UCUGAGCCCCCGACCUGAGCACACUUGUCAUUUUGCUCCAGCCCGGCAGGAAAAGAAGCUUCGCUCCGCCACCCGCGUAUAAGACAAGAACCCAAGAAGCAAAAUGGAGGUGGCCGGCGCGCUCGCCUCCGUCCUCUUCGCCGCCUUCUCGCUCCCUUGCCUCCUCCUGCUCGUCGUCGUGGCCGAGGCCGGCCUCCGCCUCGCCGCGCUCGCGCUCCGCGGCGAGGCGUUCGGGUGGCCGUCGCGCUCGGCCUUCCUCGGCUACCGCAUCGCGCGGGCCGGCAAUUUCUCCUCCGCCGCCACGGCCGUCGGCGGCGGCGUCUUCCAGCAGGAGGAGCUGCUGCCGGCCGAGUACCUCGACCUCCUCGCCGUGGCGGUGUACCGCCGCGGUGGAGACAAGUGGGCGGCCGUGGACUGCGUGUUCUGCCUGUCGCGGAUCGACGACGGCGAGGAGGUGCGCGAGCUCCGGUGCCGUCACGUCUUCCACCGCGAGUGCCUCGACUCCUGGCUCCUCCGUCCGCGCGCCACGUGCCCGCUCUGCCGCGACCGCCUCCUCCCCUGCGAGCCUCCCCGCGCCUGCGCACGCGCCCUCCACGACGACGAAAUCUACGUCGACGAGCACGAGGACCCGCCCUCGUCCUCCUCCUCGUCCUACUCCCACGACGCCGCGCUGUGGCACAUGUAAUCAAGCCAGCAAACGAUCAAUGCGGGCCGGCCGUUCACUCCCCUGCGCCGCUUGCUCCAUUUUUACCACGCGAGAGGCAGAGUUCCCGUUCUUUUUACCUCCUUUUCCCCCGUUCACGUAGCUGGUGAAAUCUCUCGCUGAAAAAGGUGAUGUAUAGGGCGAAAAAGCAUUGCAGAGACCGAGCUCCACAUAGCUCUUUAUUUUUUUCAGCGAAAAUACUAUUUUCACACAUUAAAAAAAUCUGAAAAAAAGUCUAUACAUACAUGUGUAUUUGUAUUAUACACGUAUGAAAUUUCAUGAACAUAUAUGUUUUCAUGUAGUGUAUAUGAAAAAGAUAAAUACACAGAUUAAUAUAGGCUAUAUCUUUGUUGUUUUUAUGUCAGAUAUUUAUCUUUUUUGUGUAGCACGCAAAUAACUGAAUUACAUGAUGAAACUUUUUACCUACUUGACAAACAUGCAUAUGUAUUUGUAUAAACUUUUAAGUAUAUUUUGAAUUUUU